AUGAUGAAUGAAGAUCAGAUAGAUCUUUUGAACACAAAAAUUAGACAAGAAGAUAAUCAAUUAAUAAAUGAACAAACACCUUUAAUCUCUAAACACUUUCAUGAUAUAAACAUAGACAAUAAAUCAGUCAUUUGUAUAAUUAAAAAGAUUUACCAAAGAGUGCUUGGACAAUCUAUUUUAUUUAGUCUCUUGCCAUCUAUACUACUUGGAUCGAUUAUUUGGUUUGGUACAACACCAACAGAUGAACUUACAUUAACAUCUAUUCGACUUUUGGCUGUAUUUACAAGCUGCAUAUUUGCUUUAAUAACUACAUCAGUUGAUACAUCAGUCCUUGUUCUAAGCGCUCUUGUAUUAUUAUCCUUGACUAGCUCAUUUCAAUGUAGGACAAUAGACAGUAGUCGUAGCAUUGAGUGCAGACUCUGUGGUGAACUUGAUCCAGUCACAGGAACAUUAUUAAAUUGUCAGGGUCAUAAUCAAGCCUUUUACCAAUCACUUGAAGGAUUUUCAAGCUCAGUUGUAUGGCUGAUCUUUGCUGCCUUUCAUUUAGGGAAAGCAGUAGAAGUGACAAAACUUGGGAAAAGAAUUUCACUUUUGAUGAUUCGCUCAUUUGGUAAACGUGUUUUAGGACUUGCUUAUGCUAUUCUUUUAUCAGAAUUAUUAUUGGCUCCCUUUGUGCCUAGUAAUACUGCUCGUGGUGGUGGUAUCAUUUUACCUAUAGUUAACUCAAUUGCUAUUUCAUUCAAUUCUUCACCUUUACAAAAUCCAAAAGUAAAUGAAUUUUUAAUAUUAGUAGGCGCUCAUGCAAAUUUAUUAUCCGCUUCAGCUUAUUUGACAGGUAUGGCUCCAAAUCCUAUUGUUUUAGCAAAAGCUAAUAUGUUGUAUCCAAAUUUGCAUUUUGACUUUAUGAAAUGGAUUACUGGAAGUUGUGUACCUGUUUUUGUAUGUGCUAUCCUUUCACCUCUUCUUUUAUCAUGGUCUUGCGGUAUAUUUAAAAUGGACAAAGACAAUCAAUUAGAAGGAGGAUCCUCUUUAGAAUCAAAUGAAGACGAUAAUAUAACUUUACAUGCUUUUAAAGAACUAGAGGAAAUGGGACCUCUGUCCCUUAAAGAAUGGCAACUUUGUAUUGUCCUUUGUAUAUGUUUAGCACUAUGGAUUACUUCAAGUCAUACUGGUAUUGAUACUACUUUGGUUGCAUUAUUAGGUAUAACCGUUUUACUCUAUUUGGGUACUAUGACUUGGAAAGAUGUUACCAAUAAUAUAAACGCUUGGGAGACACUCUUUUGGCUAGGUGGAUUUAUCACAAUGGCUUCACAGUUAUCAGAAUCAGGUGCAUCCAGAUUUUUAGGACUUCAAAUCUCACAAACUAUUGAAUAUUUCAAGUUACCUGCUGUACCUUCCUUAGCUAUCGCAUAUUUCUUUACUACAUUUAUGUUUUCAUCAUUAAGUGCACAUACAGUAGCCUUUGUAGCAACCUUUUUUGAUGCAGGUCAUGCAUUAGAAGCAAAUCCCAUGAUAUUAACUUGUUUAUUAGCUUAUUUUGGUGCAUUAGGUGGUUGUAUGACAACUUUCUCUACUGGAAGUUUUACCAUGUACUUUGCUUCUGGAUAUGUUAGUCGUAAGAAAUGGUUUAUCGUUGGUAUCCAAAUGGCAAUAUUUUAUCUGACUAUUUAUUUUACCAUCGGUAUGGGUUGGUGGAAGAUUCUUGCUUGGUAUUGA